AUGUUACCAACACUGAUACGAAGGGCCGAUGGCGGCAUGACCUCCAGCCCAGUGCGCGGCGGCACCCAACCUCAGCGCUUCCGCGUCAACGACUACCAGUCCUUCAAGAGCAAGUAUGGGCCUGACGGCACUCUCGGCGUCAGCUUCGGCGCCGCAGCCGGCAUCUUCGCCCUCUUCUUCUUCGACGGCGUGCCCCGAGUCCAAAGGGAUAUCCUGCAGAAGAUCCCCUUCAUCGGCUCCUUCUACAAGCACGAGGUGCCACCAGAGGACAACCCGUUUUAG